UGAUAUACUAUUAUAGUUUUUAAUUUUUUUUUAAUUAGUUUUUAUUUUUAUAUUUUCUCUUUUCGUUUUAACUGUAAAGAUUUAGAAAUUUUCAGUUUUGUUUUCGUUUUUUUUUUUGUCAUUUUUAUUAUUUUUUUUAAAUAUCUUCAUAGUUUUUAUCAAGUUUAUUUAGUUAAUCAAUUUAAACUAAACACAUAUGAGAAAUGUUGCCUUGGCAACUAGCUGAGUUUUUUUUUUUUUUUUCAGUUAAUGUUUAUUUUAGUUCAAGUAAUGAUAAUGUGUUUUUUUUUAUGGUUUUAGUUUUUGUUGUAGUUAACAAUAAUAACCCUGAAUGGCCCCAAAACAGGCUUCAUUUUUAUGCAAAAUACAACAUAUAAAAACAUAUAAAACAUUUUUAUUUUGGGGUGAAACUGACAUGAGAUUUAAUCUUUUAUUGUGUUGGCAUUGGCGAGUUCACAUAUAGAGUGAAUUCUGAGACGGUAAUAUGUCGCAUAAGCCCUUUAUAUUGCUGAUUAAAUAUGAUUUUAGUUUUUCUGUUUUUCUGGAGUGGGGAUGGAAAUGGGCCGUGACUUCCCAUGUACCGUCACUGGGCCGUGUCUGGUGUUGUGGAUAUGACAGAUCGCUAUCUGCCGAUGUGCAACGGACUAGUGUGAUUCUUUCUCUAAGUGCUUCUGUCCUUUUGACAGCUGUGUCGUUCUGCUCUGAUGCAGGUGCUGCUGAGAGCUUCGCCAUGGCAACCAAAAUAGUAACACAGCGUUGCCAGGAAGAGCAGAUGGACCAGAUGUCUCACAGCAUGGAGAUGUCCUCCCUGAUCAAGAAGAGAAAGUUCAAAUCCAGUGAUGAAAAGGCCUCCUUCAGUGAAUUCUAUCCCAUCAUUGCUGGUGACGUCAUGUCUGUCAAGGAGAUCCUGACCGAGCCCAAGUUCCCUCGCCACAGGACAUGGGAGGCCCUGAGAGAGACCAUGUCCAGCGAUGAGCUGCACGAGAGGGACCAGUGGACGAUGUUCGGCAACGAGGCUGAGAAACUGGAGAUCGGGGUGAUCAGAAACCAGCAUGUCGUCCGUGAACGGGUGGAUCGAUUCACGCUGCGCCGGGAGGCCGAGAGAAAAGCUUCAGUGCACAUGAAGUUUCUCGAGGAUUUGAGCAUGAAGGCUCCUGACUUCCCCGUCCCGCUGCGGCCGCAUACGGUGUGGGCCGGCAUGGAUGUCAAAUUCUCCUGUACGGUUCAGGGCUGCCCGAUUCCCAGCAUCACAUGGUAUAAGGAUGACGUUCCUCUCCGAGGACCUCUGCCGUGGAACUACAAGCUGAUGCAGAAGUUUGGCCUCAACAUUUUAGAGAUCAGGAGAUGUUCUGCUGAAGAUGCCGGAGAAUACAAGGUUGUAGCGAAAAGUUCCCUGGGAGAGGUGACGUCCUGCGCCAGACUGAUAGUGAACUCACAUGUAGGGGCCGAGGCAAAACUGAAGCACUCGUGGACUCCCAUCCAAGUUCCAGAGACGGAUGCUCAGCUGGCCUCCACCUUUCCUCCAACAUUUGUGAAAGAGGGUGAAAACUUGGUUCUGCAAUGCAGCUUCACCUCGGCUUUACUGCCGUUCCAACAGGAUGUGACCUGGUACAGAGAUGGACUGGUCCUGCGUCAGUCGAGUCGCGUGGAGCUGCAGACGGGCCUGCGGUCUUCCAGUCUCACCCUGAAACGUGUGCACAAGGAACACGAAGGCCUGUACACUGUCCGCCUGCGCACCUGGGAUGGAUCCGUCGAGCACAGUGCUUUCGUCUAUGUCAAAGAUGGAUCCGCGGUUGUGGCCGGUGCUGCAGGUUCUCCUCUACAGGUGGAGUGUUCUGAUGUGAACCGAGAUUACGUGUUCCUCUCAUGGAUGCCUCCCAGUGCAGACGGAGCUGCUGCUGUUCAGGGUUACUUCAUAGAGAGGUGUGACAUUGGUGUUGGGAAGUGGGAACGCUGUAAUGACGUCAUCCAGAAGGUGUGUCAGUAUCCCGUAAUGGGACUGAAGGAAAACACAAUGUACCAGUUCAGAGUGUGUGCGGUCAACCAGGCAGGUGUGGGACGCCCGUCUAAACCCACUGACCCCAUCAUGACCUCUGACCCCCUGGAGCCCAGCAGGACUACGGUGGUGAAGGUGGAGCGUGGGAGAGAGAUUGUGAUCACUAAGGACCAGCUGGAGGGUCAAAUCCGAGUGCCGUUCCCCCCCACUGAUGUGCGAGUUUGUGAGCUCAGCGACACCUACGCCGUGCUGAGCUGGACUGAACCGGAUCCGCGGGGCAGAGAGCCUCUCACCUACUUCGUGGAGCGGUCUAUAACAGGGAAGGAGAGCUGGCACCUGGCUAGUAUGGAUAUGACGGUGCUGUCGACUAGAUUUGUUGCGUUUGACCAGCAGAAGGGGAAGUCGUACUCUUACCGUGUUCGUUCUGUCAACAAGUACGGAAUCAGCGAGCCGUCUCUUCCCAGCGAACCCGUCUCACUGGGACAACCACUAGGAGUUCCCGCCACUCCAAGCGGCGUCCUGCCCAUCCGAGACACUAACAGCUCAGUCCUACUGCAGUGGAAGGAGCCCAAAAUAACAGAGGGCAUUCUGGGAUACUACCUGUACUGCAGUGAGGUUGGAAGUGGACAGUGGAAGACCAUCAACAAUAAGCCCAUCACCCAAACCAGGUUUACAGUUCAUGGCCUGAAGACCAAUAAAGAGUAUGUAUUCCGGGUCAAGUCUGUGGGACUGGCGGGAAACAGCAUCUACUCGGACGAGUCUCCUGCCAUUCGAAUCAAAUCAGCGAUAUAUGUUCCAUCCUGUCCAUCAGCCAUCACUGUACUGCACUGCACUGGAGGAGAGAUGGUGAUUGGCUGGAGAGCCCCUGCCAAUCACGGAGGAGACCCUGUGCGCGGCUACUACCUGGACCAGAGGCAGAAAUCCCAGAGCACCUGGCAGGAGGUCAACGUCAAGCCCAUUACAGAGAGACUAUACAAGGUGACAGGCCUUCAGGAAGGGAGUUUUUAUCAGUUUCGUGUCUUCGCGGCCAACAUCAUUGGACUUGGCGCCCCCUCUGAACCCAGUGAACUGCUUUUAUGUGAGCGCUGGACGAUGCCUGAGCCUGGUUGUCCAUAUGAUCUGGAAUUUAGAGAAGUGAGGUGCAGCUCUCUGGUGCUGCUGUGGGCGGAGCCUCUGUACAAGGGCCAAUCAGAGAUCAGUGGGUAUAUAGUGGAGAUGAGUAAGGGGGUGGGGUCUGAGGAUUGGACCCCUGUGACAAGUGAGCCGGUGACAGAAACUCACUUAAAGGUUUCAGGUCUGCAAGCAGGUCAGACGUACCGCCUCCGUGUGUCUGCCGUUAAUGACGCUGGAGUCGGCAUGUCUUCUGUGCCGUCUGAGCCAGUCAAAGCGCAGACUAAAGCAGGAACCAAAGAGAUUGAGAUCGGAGUUGAUAAUGACGGCUUCAUCUUCCUGAGCUUUGAAGCUGAUGACAUGGCUGAUGGAGAUGUCUUUAAGUGGAAUAAGAACUACGGAAAAGCUAUUGAUGCUGGACGAGCCCGCUUGGAGAACAAAAACAACAGGUCAGUUCUUACCUUCACGGACGCCUCAGAGCAGGAUUUGGGCCUUUACACAGUGGAGCUGAGCGGAAACCCUGACAUCUCCUCUAGCUUCACCUUCACUGCGGAGGAUCUGGAGAGGCUGACAGAACUCAGCUGGCAUGUCAGAAACCCGUUGAUCGCUCUGAGGUCUGAAGGCUGGCAGGUGGACGUGACGGAGCAGGGAAGUAUCCGUCUGUGGCUGCAGACAGAAGCUCUCAGCAGUGCCGCGGUUCUUCGGCUCAUUCUCAAUGACAGAGAGAUCUCCAGCACACCGGGCCGUAAGAUUAACUUUGACAAGGCACAAGGUCUGGUGGAGAUCCUGUUUGAUCAACUCUCACAAGAUGAUGAGGGCUCGUACACCGCGCAGCUCAAAGACGGCCGGGCCAAGAACCAGUUCACACUGGUGUUUGUGGAUAAGAAGUUUAGGGACACACUGGCCAAAUCUGUGGCCAACAGACGGAACUGGAAGAGAAAGGCGGGUCCCCAUUUCGAGGAGUUUUUGUCAUGGACAGUGACCUCCAAUUGUGAAAUGAUUAUAAAGUGCAAGGUCACUAACGUGAACAAAGACACGCGUCUGAAGUGGUUUAAGGACGGAGUGGAGCUUCCUCAGGCCGUGUACGAGCCCUCGGGUGUCAGUACGUUCACUGUGCCACAGGUGACGAGGAAAGAGUUGGGUGUGUACAGGGCUGUAGUGAGCGACAGCAGAGGAGAAGACGACAGUGUCCUGGAACUGAUCGAUGAUGAAUUUGAGCGUCUCAUGCAGCAGCUCAGUAAACAGUGUGCGCUUUCUGCUGGUCCAGUGUGGAUCCAGUGCACUGCUCAGGGCUUCAAGCUCUAUUGCUCCCUCAAAUACUACCUGAGCUACAUAAAGACCAGCUGGUACUUCAAAGACAAGAGAAUUGACUUGGAGGAACGGACCAAGCCUGGCAGCAGCAUGCAGAAGGUUUGGAUUGAGAUAUUUGGCCCCACUGAAAGCGAUAAAGGGAAGUACACCCUGGAGAUGUUCGACGGCCAGGAAACACACAAGCGCUCUCUGGAUCUGUCUGGACAAGCUUUUGCAGAUGCUUUGCUGGAAUACCAGAGGCUAAAGCAGGUGGAGUUUGCUGAGAAAAAUCGAGCCAGAGUCACGAAGGGUCUUCCUGAUGUGGUGGCCAUAAUGGAGUAUAAGUCUCUGUGUCUGACGUGUUUUGUCGAUGGAGACCCAGUGCCGGAAAUGUUCUGGCUGAAGAACGACAGGGAAAUCAUCUCCGCCGGCCAGUAUAACAUUAAGAACGAGAAUAAAUCGUCCACUCUCACUAUAAACCACGUGACCAUGGAGGACUCGGGCAACUACAGCAUCUUUGUACGCAAUAAACACGGAUCGCAGACGGUUGUCGUGACCGUCAGUGUGUAUAAAAAAGGUGAAAAGCCUCGAGCUGAUGCAGUGCAACUGUAAAUGAGUAACACCAGGAAAAACUCAUCAGUGCAAAUCUAUUUAUUUGCCACAUGAAUGAUGGGUGAAUCAUUUUUCAUUAAAGUCAACAGUGAUUUGUAAGCUGGAAGCUUGUUUCCGCCAUGGAAUAAGGUAAUUGCAACUUUUUAGCUCUCAGUUUUGACUUUUUCUCGCAAUUGCGAGUUUAUAUCUCACAAGUCGGACUCUAAAAGUUUAUAUCUUACAAUUCUUAGAAAUAAAGUCAGAAUUGAGAGAUAUAAACUCACAAUUAUGACUUUUUUCGUGCAAUUGCGUGUCUAUAUCUCGCAAUUCAGACUUUUUUUUCUCCAACCCGAUCUAACAGCAAUUCGUACAUAUUUUACGAGGUGGCUAAUUCGUACGAAUUCAUAUGACCUCGUACGAUUUCAUGUUUUUUGCUAAAUCGUUCGUAUUUUAUGAGUUGCCAAAUUCGUAUGAAUUCGUACGAAUGACCUACCCCUAACCCCGCCCCUAAACCUACCCGUCACUGGGGUUUAGACAAAUCGUAUGAAUUCAAAUUCAUAUGAAUUAGCCACCUCGUAAAAUACAUAUGAAUUGGUUGUGAGAUAGCGUUGUUUUUUCUCCCAGUCCUGAGAUAAACUCUCAAUUGCAAAAAAGUCAAAAUUGAGAGCUAAAAGGUUGACCGUUCACAAAGACCCAUCCCCUUUAUUUACUGUUGCUAUGUCAGACAAGCCAUGCCGCUCUCACGCCACACAUCAUGUUUUCACACCAUGAAAAAUACAUCGCGAAGAGGACACUAACAACACGUCGACAGACAAGACAGAACAGGUUACUUCUGAUAUGAAACAAAGUCUCAAAUUUUGUAAUUUUUAAAGAAAUUUAAACAAUAAUUGCCAUUUUGUGGCUCUUUAAUGUGUUGUGACAGAUCGCUGUAGCACCUCAGUUCAAGUGGCUCGUGAACCAAUCAUGUUUUCCUAGUUAAAUUAUAGCAUUAAAUAAACAUGAAUGAACAUCAGAAGCUAUGUUUUUAACCGCGGAAAGACGUCAGUACACACAGUUUUCAAGAUCAAGACCGCAAAGAGGGCACUCGCGGGCACCCUUCUGUUAUAUUCUUUGAAAACAGCGACAACUUCGUUGCAGAAAAGACACACUGGCUUUGCAUUCACAAAACUAGGAAGGAUGAAGCAUAGUUGUCUUUCCAUUCUUCUUUGUAUGCCCUAUUUUCACUGUCAACUGUCCUCUUUAGACUCUUUGAUAGUGCCAUUUUCUCUCACCCGCUAGCUAAAAUGUUAACAUCACUCUGCACACGACGUAAUAGCGUACCUCCAGCACGCAAACAAUUUUAAAAAAAUGCAUUUUAGUACGUGAGGAUCAUAGACAUAAUAAAUACAUUAAUUAUGUCUAUGGUGAGGAUGCCAAGGAAUAAUUCUGAGUGUAAAAGUAGGCUAUGUCAAAUAAUUAUUACAAUAAGUUAGGCUCCAUUGUGUAACAAGCAAAUAAAAAUGAGACACAUUUAUUAUUCACAAUAUGGAAAGAGGAAAUAAAACAGUUUGUUAAGAGCAUGACUCAAACAUGCCAUUAAUGAAGUCCUCUUUUAUUUUUUGAGUUAUUUUUAUCCAUUCUGCAUCUCUUUCAUAUGUGUUUUUAGCAAGGCGGUCUGUGUUGCAAGUUGGUGAAUGAAAAUAAUUGCCAGGUUACGUGUCACUACUCUACUUUAUUAAUUUAUCCAGUGUAAAACCCGGACACCGCCACACAAAUGUGGCUUUUUGUUAAUGAAUGUCCUACUACAGGAUUUAACACAGAGUAACAGCUCACUACCAGUUACAAAAGACACUGUAACAGUCUGUCACAGGCAAUUCUAGUUGCAUUUUUCAUCAAUUAAUUUAUAUUAUCCUUUGACUAUGUUCUGGCCCGCCAUCUAGUGGCGAAAAUUUUCCUUGGCCUGAUGCCAAACUUAAUUACCGACCCCUGGCCUACGGUCUCAUAGACUUAACGGACACGCGCAUGCGGCAGCCUUUAUAAGUCCAAAAGACCGAAAGUGCGUAUAAAGUGUGCCAUUUGGGACAGGACCCAACUCCCCUGACUGCUUUGUCGGACAAAAUGGCGGAUUCGGCAUUAUGAUUGGUUAGAUCGCCUGUCAAUCAAACUCCUGGCGAAGGGUCAAUUGCCUUAUUCCGUGGCAGAAUCAAGCUUCCAUAGAUUUUGCCUUAUCUACUUGGCAUGUGUUUGUUCAUUUUGGACCCUGUAUGACAGUGUUAAUAGUGCUUCAGAAGACAAUGUGUCCUAAAAGGCUGAACUGAUUUAUUUUGUUGCUUGUUUCCUCUGAUUUAGCCUGUCUUGUGCCACUUACAGAAUAAAGUGCAAAUUAAACCUG